AUGGCACCAUGGCAGGCCUUGCACAGCGUGGCAGGUGGCACCGGCAGCGGCUUGGGAUCCUUUGUCCUCAGCGCCGUGAGAGAUGCCUUCCCUUCAGCGGUGUUAUCGUCGCUGUCCGUAUGGCCCUUUCGGACAGGAGAGGUCAGUGUGCAGUGCUACAACGCUGCUUUGACGCUUUCCUCCAUCUAUGAGCACACGGAUUUGUCGGUGAUGUGUGAGAAUGAGGGCUACUUGGAGCUAUGCCGUGUCCUGUUGGGUCAAGAGCGCCCAUCCUUGGAUUCCCUGAACAGCGCCAUGUCUGGCAACUUGGUACGGGUGAUGAUGCCUUGCGGAUCCGUGCACAAACUCUACGGUCCUGGUUGCCCACUGCUGCAACUGGCAGGACACCUUGCUGCGCAUCCGCUUUAUCGUUUGACCACGGUGCGGGCCUUGCCGCAGAUCAGAAAAGGUGCAGAGGCGUUCACCUCAGAUGCUUGGACCGCGCUCCAAAGGCGGAUGUUGCAGCUUUGUGAACAUGGCACCAUGGUGGACAGGCCCAGUGCCUCUCCAGAGGCAAUGCACUGUCGCACCGUUUCCGCCUCCACCUUUCUUUGGGGCGAUGGUGCGACGGAUGCCUCGCUGGAGCCUUUGCGCAGGAUGCCCUUGUGGCAACACUCUGUCGACGGGAUGCAGGCACACCAGGUUCACGCUGAUGGGCAUCAUGUUGGAGGCCUCGAAAGGAGUUUGGGCAUCGUCAGCAAUUGUCAGGCAGUUUUGCCGGCCCUAUGCUCAACCACCAGUCGUGCAACAUCAAUGUUACGGGCAUCCGCCUACUUGCAUCAGUAUGAGCGUUAUGGCUUGAGCCGAGAUGAGAUGAGUGAGGCCAUUUUGGUAAUGUUGCAAGCCCAACACGACUACGAGCAGCUCUCGGCUUCGGGCUGA